CUUAUGUUGCUUUAUAUAGCCAUGCUUGGAGGGUCUCACCUUUCGCUUGUAACAAGUGACCAUAAGGGAAGGUGAAGAGUUUGUUUAGCAAAGAUCAAAAUUUCAUCAAAGCCAAACAAUCAUCAGAAAUGUACCACCACCAUCAACAUCAAGGGAAGAACAUUAACUCUAGUUCGAGAAUGGCGGUUCAUAACGAGAGGCAUUUGUUCUUGCAAGGUGGCCAUGGAGAUUCCGGGCUCAUGCUUUCGACCGAUGCCAAGCCGAGACUGAAAUGGACACCCGAUCUUCACGAGCGGUUCAUUGAAGCUGUCAAUCAGCUUGGAGGAGCCGACAAGGCUACACCUAAAACAGUGAUGAAAUUAAUGGGAAUUCCGGGCCUUACCUUAUACCAUCUCAAAAGUCAUCUUCAGAAAUACAGGCUUAGUAAAAAUCUCCAUGGACAAACUAAUAAUGGCAGUACCAAAAUAGGUGCGGUUGCAAUGGCAGGCAAAAGAAUGUCUGAAGCGAACGGCUCGCCGAUGAAUAGCUUAAGUAUUGGACCUCAAGCAAACAAGGGCAUACAAAUAGGGGAAGCGCUGCAAAUGCAAAUCGAAGUACAGAGAAGGCUGCAUGAGCAACUCGAGGUACAGCGACAUUUACAGCUUCGUAUCGAGGCGCAAGGGAAGUACUUACAAUCCGUGCUAGAGAAAGCUCAAGAGACUCUGCAUAGACAAAAUUUAGGCACGGUGGGGCUCGAAGCGGCCAAACUUCAGCUAUCGGAACUGGUAUCAAAAGUAUCAAACCAAUGCCUGAAUUCGGCAUUCCCGGAUUUGAAAGAUUUACGAGGUUUAUGCUGUCAACAAACACAACAGAAUCCGCCCAACGAUUGUUCCAUGGAUAGUUGUUUAACUUCAUGUGAAGGGUCACAGAGAGAUCAAGAAAUACACAAUAAUGGAAUGUGUUUAAGGACUUAUAACACUCACAAAGAUCCAUUGAUGCACCAUCAAACUGAAACGAAAUCGUCCGAAAACAAAACGAUGGGUAACGAUGACGAUGACGAAAGAAGAAUGUUUUUCGCAGAUAGAAACUGUAGCGAUUUAUCGAUGAGUGUCGGAUUACGGGGAGGCUUUUCCCAGGCAAGAAAUGAAGAACAUAGUUUCUUAGAUGUAGGAAACAAAAGGGUGGAUUCAGUCAAUAGAUUACCUUACUUCGCAACAAAGCUGGAUUUAAACGUUGAUGAAAAACAUUGCAAACAGUUUGAUCUCAAUGGUCUCAGUUGGAGCUGAAGAUCGGUAUAAAUCUCAUCUCAUUUCGAUUACAACUCGGAUUUCGGUGAAGAAAAUUGAUGUUCUUUCGGGAUAUCCGAUCAAAUAGAAACAAUACAGAAAAGUUUAAUGUAUUUAUUAUCAUCAUGUAUUGUUUAAGACAAGAGAUGAUUAAAUUAAGGAAACAUAGGUUGAAUGUUAGGUGUUCAAAGACUUCGAUUUUAUUUGUAUCAGAAUAUGGAUUUUAACAGUAAAAAAAAAUUUAACCCAUGAAUUAGUUUA